GUUGGAAUCAACAAGCAAAAUACUUACCCUCGCCCCCCUGUCUACAGUUUCCUUUGGCUUUGGUCAUACUCGGUAGAACAAUUCAGUGGUUGUUAUGCACUGAAAUUAUCCUCAUCCAAUGCGUUAUUAAGCCUGCUUGCGUAUCUGAGCGAGUUAUAUAAACACUUGUAAACUCGUUAAACCAGCCUGUUCACACUGUACCAUCUACUAACGUAUCGACGAUGUGCGCGGCCAAAGUACAGAAGAAACCGUUGCGGCUCAUCGCCGCUGCAUGCAACGACAUGGGAAUAGGAAAAGAUGGACACUUGCCAUGGGAUUUACCGACAGAAUUCAAAUUCUUUUUGGAAACUACAACAAAUGUCUCCCUACCAGGAAAUUUUAACAUGAUGGUGUGGGGCAGGGGCUGCUGGUUCUCCAACCCAGACAGUCUGUUCUCUAUGCUGCCCAAUGUCCUUCAUGUGGUCCUGAGUACCACCCUGAGUACUCUCCCGGAGCAUGCCCACUUCCUGUGUCAAGAUUUCGACAGCAUGAUCAGCUUAGCCUUGCUGCAACCCCUAUGUGACCUGGUGGAGACCAUCUGGGUUGUGGGUGGUCCACGGGUCUAUCAGGAGGCUCUGAUGCAUCCCUGGUGUGAACUCGUCUUCCUCACUGACAUCAUGGCUGACUUCGACUGUGACGUCUUCUUUCCGCAGUUUGACCGAAGCGUUUUUAAAAAACAACAGAGGUUUCCUGGAGUACCACAUGAGAUUCAGGAGGAGAAUGGGGUUACAUUUAAGUAUGAAGUUUUCAAGAGGGAGAUCUGUAGCGCGGAGGUGAUUUAAAACGGUAACUUACUGCAUGAAUGCAAACACGGACUGUUCUUUGUCAGACGUCGGGUGCCUUUUUUAACUAUUCAGUUCUCCAGUGCAAUUCUAAUAGUAAUCAUUAUCCAGUUGUACAUUACACAUGUCCCACUCACUCUGCUUCAUCUCAUCUGCCAGUGACUCAAUCUGCACAGUGCCAUAACACUAAUGAAUCAGAUAAGUCAAUGUGUCCAUCCCAUUCAGAUUUGUCUUACUGUAGGUCAUGUGUUGUCAGAUACAGAAGGCUUUUCAUAUUUGGUACAAAUGAUGGAUCCACUGCUGUCCCAGAUAAUAUCCUUCCAUGUCUGAUGUAUCAUCCUUGCUAUCCUCUCCCCUCAUCUGUAAUUUUCUGCUAGGACCAAACCAAUAUGGCUUUGUCUGAGUCAGAGAUUAUGUCAGGCGAGUGGUCUGGGGUUACUCAUAACAACAUGGGCACUAAGGAUGGGGGGGGUUGUUCCUGAUAGUGCUUAUGUAUUAGAGGGCGAUAUUUAUGUCUGAAGAUUUCAUAACAUAUUGCCAUUUACAGCAUGAAGUCGCCAACCAAAGGCUGGAAAUCAGCCUUGAAUGGUUUUACAUGUAUAAUUAUGAUUCUAUCAAAAGAGUAUAAGAUGAUAUGAGCCAGGAAAUACAUGUUUUAUUCCAGAUAAACAAAAAAUGUCUUGCUUAUUCUGAAUGAUGUUUCUUGAAAGGUGUAGGAGAGCUGUUAUUAAAUUUAUUGCAACUGUUUACAAUUGAGGAAUCUCUGCAAUGUAGUGAUAUACGUUGUAAUGAUACUUACAUACAGUUCCUUUGGGGAAAACAUGCAUCUUCUAUUGUAAAUUCUUCAACUUGGCAUGAUAUUGUAUUUGUCAUCAUGGCUAAUUGAAUCACUUGUCAAUCAGUAAAUAUUCAUACAACUCCAUCUUUCAGUACACAAUGUUGGAGUAAAUGAUCCACUAGAUGGAGACACAAGACAAGACAGAGAACAAAGUGCCCCCUGAAAACAAUUUCUUUCCCUUUCUACAAAAAUAAAAACAUGAUCGAAUGUCAUGGAUGUGGGUGAAUGUGAUGUGUGAAUCAGUUUCUUAGAAAAAACAGUAAGACCGAUUACUGUCAGACAGAAAGCCAGAUUACUGUAAAACAGAUUAUGACCUGAUGUCCUCUAUAUAAUUGUGUAUCAAAGUACUUAAGAACAUCCAAUCAGACAACCUUUUUAUAAACACAAAGAAAGUGACUAUGGGGAAAUUGCUCAAGAUAUGAGACCCAAGAGUGUUUAGUCCGUGCCAUAUGAUUGAAAGCUACAGCUCCUGUCAGAGUCUUGUCAAAUCUUCUUCCCAUAAGAAACAGUGUAACCUUUACUGAGGGAAACUAUCGGUGCGUCCCAAAUGACACCCCAUUCUCUAGCUUAUGUAGUGCACUAUUUUUCGUGGCGCACUACAUAGGGAAUAGGGUACC